AUGUUCCUCCUAACUGAGGCAACUCUUUUCUUUGCAAAUGUCCUAACGACUGCCAGCUCUGAUGAUAAACUGACUUUAUCUAAGCGUGUCAAAAAUUGGGUGAACAUCGUCGACACAAGCUCUACGCAAUCUUCGAGUGCCAGUGCCAGUCCUCGCACAUCAGCUGCACCACCUCCAUCCACGAGUACCCUCGCUACAAGUACUACCGAUGUCGAGUUCCGUGUAUUCAAUCUCGGCUCUCCACUGCCAAAUGAUCCCCAAUACAACUACGAGUUCGAAUCCCAACUACCAGAAAACUUCGACUUGCUACCUGAUUGCAAAGAUGGAGAAGCUAGCGGGCCAUCUCAGUGCGCUGCCACAAUGGCUGAGGAGUAUGAGGCCAAUGAUCCUGCCACCAGACUCACCAACAUCAAGAGGAAAGUAGCCGAGUUGGAAUAUGUCUCGACCUCUGAGGUUGAGGGCAACGCCGUCGAUGAUAACUGUGACAAUCUAGAUGAUGCCAUCUGUGUUUUGGGGCACAAGAAUGCCAUGGCCAAGUCGCAUGUCAUGGUUACAAAGGGCAUGCCAAAGAAGAUCAAGAUACAAGCUUGCGACUCUAUGUCCAGCUUAUCAGCCACAUCUACUAGCAAGAGAUCUAUCGUAGCAAGCGAUUCGUUGAGUCAAGUGCAGACCAUCCCUGCGCAAGUGCGUUUCAACAAUUCGGAUCUCCCCUCAGAUCUGCAUAAAGAUCAGAAGUGGAAGAGGGAAGUUAUUCCGACGCUAAUCCUAUGGGCCGGAAACCAAGAGGAUGCAUUCAACAUUGCCAAGCAAGAUAUUUGUGGGGCUCUACAGGAGAUCAUGCCAGUCGUAUACCCCAUACUCAAGAACAUGGCAGGUAGCAUUCUUCCCAGCUCGCCCAUGGUUUCUGUCGUGUCUCAACACUUGUGUGAUUGGAGGCACGGCUUUGCCUCCACGGCUGUUGCACAACUCGUAGCUUUCUUCCUCAAUCCUCAAGACCCAUCGCCUGCUGACACUGAAAAAGUAUUACUCGAUCAUUUCACAUUCUUAUAUGAAGACCUCGACACAACUGUUCCUGAGAAGGCCUUCCACUCCGUUUUUGUGCAACAGCUGCUGCUGAGCAGCCAUUUGACCACAACCAAAGGAUACGUUCAAGUCCCUGCUCUUGACACUUCAUCUUUGGCGAAGCAUGGUGUUGUUGGUGCUCUUGGACUUUGUGCUGCUGUGCUCUCACGUGGCUUGAACCUCGUUAGAUCUGGUGACGUCGAGCUCAAGUCCCCCAUCAAUGUCAAAGAUGGUAUUGCCAAAGUGGCAACGAGGUUUGUGUGGACCCCCAUCAAAUACAACAUGACUUUGGGCAAGGAUAGCAAGACUGUGUGCACAUUUUCAGACCAGAAUUGGGGAGCCCCAAUGAGGAAGUUUACGGGGGCUGCCAAAAGAAGAUCUAUUGCUCAGCUUCAAGCCAUUGUAGAGCUCGCCCUUGCUUCGCUUGCAAUAGGGCAAGAACUCGACCCCGAGCUGUUGAGUGAUGCAGGAUCUGACAAUGACAUGUGCUUAGCAGAUAUUAAUUGCACUUCGUUGCUGCUUAUCUGCUUGACAGAACAGAACCAGCAUUAUUUCAAUUCCACUCGACAGAAGAGGAAUAUGGUAUGGAGUACUUGCAGUGAAGAAUUCGGGGAGCUGUGCCGCGACGUUGCAUGUUUCUCUCCAGAGAUGUCGAAUUGGAUUAUCGGUGCAGGACUGAUACUAGAUGGGAACAAACGAUUUACAAAACAACCUCCUCCUGCACAAGACUGA